AUGGAGAAAGAAAAUCGUAAGUGCAUGUGUGGGAAAAGACGUGCUAAUAUAAAUAAUACAAAUUGGUCGCGGCACUUGGCGUCUUGUAAAAAAGUUAAAUUGAGUUUAACAUCUCAAAGUGUAUCGUCAUUUUUUAAAAAAUCAAGACCAACUACUGAUACAGCCGAUACAGACUAUCCUGACUUAGGUAGAAAGGAAAUAGAAAACAAAGUUCCAGUGUUAUUCAAUAAUAAAUGUUUGGUUUUACAACCAAUUAAUGAUGAUGCUGAACUACAAUCAAUUAACUCGGAUAUUGAGAGUUGUACUGCAAUUAAAACUAUUGGUGCAUCCCCCAGUAAAGAUUUAACUCUGAUACCAUCAGUAUAUAAAGAACUCAACGAACUUAGCAACGAUCCUGCAAUUUUGAGUCAAAUUGAAAAUAUUGAUCCAGGAUUGAUAAGCUAUUUUUUGAAGAUUGGUGCUGCUCAACCAUUGCCUAAUGAAUUGCCUGGCAAACAAUUUCCCAAGGACCAUAAUGGCAGAUCUUUUCAUGAAUCCUGGUACUGGCAUAAACGGUCUACUGGUGAAGUAUCACAAAGAAAAUGGCUAUCUUAUUCUAUUAAAAAUCAUAAAAUAUAUUGUUUGUACUGUGCAUUAUUCGCAAGAAAUAAUAAGCAAAACUGGACAAAAUAUGGAUUUUCUAACUGGAACAAAGGUACCAUUAGUAUAAUAAUACAUGAAACAUCAGAAGCUCAUAUUAUGGCUUCGAUAAAAGCAGCAUAUAGGCAAGCUGAAUAUCCUCUUAUCCAGUCUAUGAAAGAAUCCGCCAAUACUAAUAUUGUUUUUAAUAAAGAAAUUGUUAAACACUUAAUUGAUUUAACAUUGUAUCUUGGCAGACACUCUUUACCUUUUCGAGGUCAUAGAGAAGGAUGGCAAGAAAACAUUCGGGGUAAUUAUAAAGAUUUGGUCUUAGUUCUUGCAAAAUAUUCGCCUGCUCUAGCUUCUUACGUUACAAGUGUUGAGUUAAAAGGAAAAAAAACUUACAAUUUUAUAUCUUGGCAGAGACAGAACCAACUAAUUGAAGCUAUUUAUAGAAAUAUACGUGAUGUUAUUAAAAAAGAAAUCUUAACUGCUGUAUUUUUUAGUAUUUCAUUAGACACGACAUUUGAUGUAUCACGGAAAGAACAACUAUCUUUAGUCAUUCGUUAUAUCAAUAAAGAAGAUGGCACUGUUUGUGAAAGACUUAUUGCUCUACGUGAGACUGUCCAGACUACUGGAAUACAUUUAUUAACAAUGUUAGAUUCAAUUUGUUCAGAGAUGAGUUUAGAUUGGAGAACAAAUCUUGUUGGCCAAUCGUAUGAUGGUGCCGCGUCCAUGAGAGGUUCCUAUAAUGGACUUCAAUCUCUUGUCAAAAAAGAAAAUCCAUGUGCAGUGUAUAUUUGGUGUUGGGCUCAUCGGUUUAAUCUAGUUGUUAUUGAUGCUGUUGGCUGUUGUAUAGAGGCUCGAGAUUUAUUUGGAUAUUUAGAAACAUUAUAUGAUUUUAUAGGAAGUAGUAAGAAGCGUGUACAUGUUUAUAGUACUAAUCAGAAAACAAGGUAUCCAAAUAAAUUACUUCGAAGACUCAAGAGAGUUGAAACCACUCGAUGGUCAUCUCAUUCGUUUUCUCUUCAAACCGUUCUUGAUACUUAUGAUGCUAUUAUUGACACAUUAUUCGAUAUUAAAGAUGACCCUAUGACAGAUAGAGUUUCAAGUGUUAAAUCUGGAAGCUUACUUGAUUACUUAUUUACUCUUAGUAAAUGUCUGCAAAGUGUUGAUAUCGAUUUAUGUGCUGCUAUUAGCCAUGUUCAACAAACACUUAAUACUAUCAAAACAUUUAGAAGUGAUGAUGAAUUUAAAAAUCUUAUACAAGAAAAAGACGAUUUUAUACAAUCAAAAAAUAAUGAAUUUUCUUUUGCACCAUUACCUAUUAAUAGAAUUCGUCGUACUAAAAAAAUGCCAGGCGAAGUCUCUUCUGAUCAACGUAUUAUUGACCAAAUGGAAAAUUUUAAAGUCAAUACUUUCUAUACAAUUCUCGAUAUUACCACUACUCAAAUAACUAAAAGGUUCAAUGAAGAAACAAUGCCAUUUUUUAAAGACUUAAGCCUAUUUUCACAUAAACGGUUGAAAGAAGUGGCCGAGACCAAUAUUAUACCAAAAGAUGCUUUUAAAGGGUUUUCUGAGGUAUAUGGUAAAUUUGUUAAUGAUGAAAGUUUAAAACAAGAAUAUGUUCAGUUCUCCAAGUCUUACUUUGAUUUUGAAAAAAUAAUGAUUCUUCCAGAAAAAUUUUCUGAUACCAACAAAGAUUCUUGGAUACAAUGUGAUUCAGACGGAUUAAAAGAUAUAUUUCCAACCAUGUACACAGCACUCAGUAUUGCUGUUACCCUACCAGUAUCCAGUGCUUCCCCUGAACGAACGUUUUCAAAAUUAAAAUUAGUGAAAACCCGUUUAAGAAGUACUAUGUCAGAAGAUCGAUUGGAAGCACUUAUGAUAAUGGCGUGCGAAUUAGAUGUACAAAUUGACACAGAAUGUGUGAUCAAAUACUUUGCUUCCAAUAGUUCAUUUCUAGCUAAGCUGCUUACUUAA